CUUCUUGGUCACUGCAUGGACUCCAGACGUCCCUUCCCUGCAUGGGGACACAGGAAAGCUAGAAACAGCCUAACGCUGACCUGGAGAAGGCAGGGGGCUGGGAAUCUUGGCUGGGCCCAAGAUCAAGAAGCCCCCACACGGAGCCCAUCCCUCUUCCCCUUGACCCGCUGCUGCAAAAACAUUCCCUCCAAUGCCACCUCCGUGACGCUGGGCUGCCUGGCCAUGGGCUACUUCCCGGAGCCGGUGAUGGUGACCUGGGACGCAGGCUCCCUCAACGGGACAACUAUGACCUUACCAGCCACCACCCUCACGCCCUCUGGUCACUAUGCCACCAUCAGCUUGCUGACCGUCUCGGGUGCGUGGGCCAAGCAGAUGUUCACCUGCCGUGUGGCACACACUCCAUCGUCCACAGACUGGGUGGACAACAAAACCUUCAGCGUCUGCUCCAGGGACUUCACGCCCACCGUGAAGAUCUUACAGUCGUCCUGUGACGGCGGCGGGCACUUCCCCCCGACCAUCCAGCUCCUGUGCCUCGUCUCUGGGUACACCCCAGGGACUAUCAACAUCACCUGGCUGGAGGACGGGCAGGUCAUGGACGUGGACUUGUCCACCGCCUCUACCACGCAGGAGGGUGAGCUGGCCUCCACACAAAGCGAGCUCACCCUCAGCCAGAAGCACUGGCUGUCGGACCGCACCUACACCUGCCAGGUCACCUAUCAAGGUGGCACCUUUGAGGACAGCACCAAGAAGUGUGCAGAUUCCAACCCGAGAGGGGUGAGCACCUACCUAAGCCGGCCCAGCCCGUUCGACCUGUUCAUCCGCAAGUCGCCCACGAUCACCUGUCUGGUGGUGGACCUGGCACCCAGCAAGGGGACCGUGAACCUGACCUGGUCCCGGGCCAGUGGGAAGCCUGUGAACCACUCCACCAGAAAGCAGGAGAAGCAGCGCAACGGCACGUUAACCGUCACGUCCACCCUGCCGGUGGGCACCCGAGACUGGAUCGAGGGGGAGACCUACCAGUGCAGGGUGACCCACCCCCACCUGCCCAGGGCCCUCGUGCGGUCCACGACCAAGACCAGCGGGGAGCCACGGGCAGGCCGGGGCCCGCGUGCUGCCCCGGAAGUCUAUGCGUUUGCGACGCCGGAGGGGCCGGGGAGCCGGGACAAGCGCACCCUCGCCUGCCUGAUCCAGAACUUCAUGCCUGAGGACAUCUCGGUGCAGUGGCUGCACAACGAGGUGCAGCUCCCGGACGCCCGGCACAGCACAACGCAGCCCCACAAGACCAAGGGCUCCGGCUUCUUCGUCUUCAGCCGCCUGGAGGUGACCAGGGCCGAAUGGGAGCAGAAAGAUGAGUUCAUCUGCCGUGCAGUCCAUGAGGCAGCGAGCCCCUCACAGACCGUCCAGCGAACGGUGUCUGUAAAUCCCGGUAAAUGACAUACUCCUGCCUCCCUCCCUCCCAGGGCUCCGUCCAGCUGUGCAGUGGGGAGGGCUGGCCAGACCUUCUGUCCACUGUUGCAACGACCCCAGGAAGCUACCCCCAAUAAACAGUGCCUGCUCAGA